AUGCACGUGUAUCUUUCAACUUCGCCGACUGGUGACGUAUUCUCUGCCCAAUGGACUAAGAAUUGGAAAGAGUCGGAAGAUGAGGGGUUACCUCAUUUCGUCUGGGAAAAUAUAACAUAUGGCAAAUGGGAAGAUAAGCGUCUUGUAGACUUGGAUGUGCCGUUGCCUUUGUCGGUGCAACACAAUGGCUCUUUGUGGGCAGAUAUAUUCCUUGUCAGGGAUGGUGCCAGCCCGGAUCCGUCUAAUUCUGCUUUCAAUCCGAAUGCGAUUCAUCAUGUUAGGAAGCUCCUCACUCGUUAUCUCCCAAGGAUUAAAGUUCGGAAAGAGAAGUCCCUUCUGAAAGGAGGUCGAGAGGGCGAAGAAGCGAAGGAGGAAGAUGCGACCCCACAGGAUCAGCCUGACGUUAUUGUGUCCCAUUGGCACAACAAUCUCACCCUCGCGUUGGUCUCCGAUUCCGCUGUAGUGCCAUACGCUCAAAUUCCACCACCUAUCGCCGAACACAUUCACGUCGUGCCAAAUUUGCGGGACGCGACCGGAACUAAGAUGUUCUACAGGCCUAUCAUCUUCCCUAACGAUUUCUGGCAGUUGCGUUCCCAGAACUUUGAAAUUAAUGAAACUACAUCGCGGGUGCCAUUGCAGAUUGAAUUACAGCCGAUAUCGUAUUUCAAAUUUCAGCUUUUCGCGAGUCUGGGGGCUGGGUUCAACGAGGCCGCGAAGCAGCAAGGUAGCGCAUCGAUGGCGGAAUUCGACGAAAUUAAGCGGAUGUUGGUCGAAACCAACCCGUAUUUCCUCAUGCUCACGGCGGCCGUUACUGUGUUGCACUCGGUGUUCGAGAUGCUUGCCUUCAAGUCGGAUGUUUCGCAUUGGCGAAAGAGAAAAGAGUUGGUGGGUGUAUCUGUUAGGACUAUUAUUACAAACGUAUUCGUGCAGCUGGUCAUCCUGUUGUACCUCGUGGAUAACAAUGACAACACCAGCUGGAUGAUUUUGAUGGGACAGGGCGUGGGGAUGCUAAUUGAAGCAUGGAAGAUCACCAAAGCCGUAGACGUCAGAUUCCUUCGAGCGCCGCCAGGAUCAAUUCUACCUUACAAGGUGGAAUUCAGAGACAAACACGUGCUCAGCGAGGAUGAGAAGAAAACGCAGGAGUACGACAAGCUCGCCUUCCGAUAUGUUUCCUACUUCACGAUACCUGCUCUGGCUAUUUACUCGGUAUAUUCCCUGAUAUACGAAACUCAUAGAGGAUGGUAUAGCUUUGUGAUUUCGACGUUAACAAGCUUCGUAUAUAUGUUUGGAUUCGCCCAACUUGUCCCACAAUUAAUCAUAAACUACAAGCUAAAGAGUGUAGCACAUAUGCCGAUGAAGGCAAUGGCUUACAAGACACUCUCGACUGUAAUUGACGAUUUGUUUGCUUUCUGCAUUAAGAUGCCCAUUUUACACCGAUUGGCAUGUUUCCGGGAUGAUGUCGUUUUCUUAAUUUUCCUAUAUCAGCGUUGGAUCUACCGGGUAGAUCCUAAGCGAGUAAACGAAUAUGGACAAGUGCUAGUCAACGAUGUUGACCAUGCGGAAGGCAGCGCGGACGCGAAGAAGGACAAGUAG